AUGGCUUCGGGGGGGACCCCUACAGAGACCCCCCUGGACGUGGACCUCCACUGUUCUAGGAGGGUGGGGCACCUGAGGGACCCCCACCAUGGACCUGAAGAAACUGGGGACACCCAAAUGGAGAACCCUAAAAGGACCGGGCUGACACGACCGCCACCCCUCACCCAGGGACCCCCCUCACCAGCCACCGGGGACCUCCCGGGGUGGGGGCUGGGGGAGUGCCCUUCCCGCCUACAUCUCCCAGGGGGGCUGUGCGGGGCCACGCCCCCGCCACACCCCCCCCUCCCCGGCGAUGGCGCUGGCGCGUCUGGAGCAGGACCCGGCGGGCGCGGGGCGGUUCGGCUCGGCCGUGCCCCCCCCCCCUGCAGCCGCCUCCCCUGCGCCCUCGGCGUGGACGAAGCGGGGAGAGGGCCGGUGCUGGGGCCGAUGGUUUAUGGGAUCUGCUACUGCCCCGUGGAGAAACUGGAGGAACUGGAAGCGCUGGGGGUGGCAGACUCGAAGACGCUGUCAGAGGGGGAGCGCGAGCGGCGGUUUGCGCUGCUGGAGGCAGCGAGCAACAUCCUGGGGUGGGCCCUGCACGUGCUGCCUCCCGACCACAUCUCUGCCUGCAUGCAGCAGCGAGCUAAAUACAACCUGAAUGAGCUGUCGCAUGACACGGCUGUGGGCCUCAUCCAGUUCGCAUUGGACUCUGGGGUGCAGGUGGCUGAGGUGUUUGUGGACACAGUGGGGCCGGCGGAGAAGUAUGAGGCGAAGCUGCAGCAGCGAUUCCCGGGGCUGGCGGUGACCGUGCGCCCCAAAGCUGACGGGCUCUUCCCCAUCGUCAGCGCCGCCAGCAUCUGCGCCAAGGUUGCCCGUGACCAUGCUGUGAAGCACUGGAAGUUCGUGGAGGAUUUGGGGGACAUCGACCGGGACUAUGGCUCAGGGUACCCCAAUGACCCCAAGACGAAGGAGUGGCUGCAGCGGAACCUGGAGCCCGUCUUUGGGUUCCCCCAGUUCGUGCGCUUCAGCUGGGGGACGGCGCGGGAGCUGCUGCAGCGCAGGGGGGUCCCCGUCAAGUGGGCUGACGAGGAUCCCGAUGAGGACCCUGCAGCCCCCCCCUCGGUGCUCUCCUACUUCAAACGUGUGCCCCCCGUGCGCCCCCCCCACCGCUUCUUCCACGAGCGCAGCCUGCGUUCCCUGGCCGAGCUGUGACAGCCCCCCAAACAGACACCCCCCCCCCCCCCCAAUAAAGCAAGUGUGUAUUUUUUA